AUGUCUCAAAAAACCGAAUUUUUUAGACAGCGCCGUGAAGAUUCGGAGAAAUACGGUGUUCCUGAUCUUCGCACAACGGUGAGACCGAUACAACCAAGUCCUACAUGGGUUGCAAGACCCACACAAGAAUCAGUUCCUACAUGGGUUGAAGAGACAGCUGAAGGAUCAGACGAAGAAUCAGAAGAAGAGUAUGAGGAGCCAAAACCUGUGGUAUAUAUUGUGCAGAAUCCACCA